AUGAAUGGUCUCGAGCUUGACAGACGCAACGAGUCGCCUAUUUCCUACCAGAAGCCAGAUGAGAGUGAGAAUUAUGCCUACUACCGUCAGCCAAGUGGCGCACAGACGUCGCAGAUACCAAUGGCAUCAGAGCCAGGUCCGCCCAGUAAGCGUUUUUGCGGCCUUCGACCUACCACCUUUAUCUUGAGCGCUGCCCUUGCCGUAGUCGCGAUGCUUGCUGUUGUCGCAGCGGGUGUAGGAGGUUCGCUGGCCGCGAAGUGA